AUGACAAAGCAGGCGUUGGCUGUCCUGGUGGACGAUGAAGACCUUGGUGCCUCCCUCGGGACCGGGAGAUGUCUACCCCGAGCUGCAGGCCAACGAGGAGCCGGGGAGGCCCGAUUCGGGCUGUUGAGCAAACAGGAAAUUCACAGGAGGUCUGCUCGGCUCAGAAACACUAAGUACAAAUCUGCUCCAGCCGCUGAAAAGAAAGUUUCCACCAAAGGAAAAGGGAGAAGACAUAUUUUUAAAUUAAAAAAUCCCAUCAAAGCGCCUGAGUCAGUUUCCACCAUAAUCACUGCAGAAUCAAUCUUCUACAAGGGAGUCUAUUACCAAAUUGGAGAUGUUGUUUCUGUGAUUGAUGAACAAGAUGGAAAACCCUACUAUGCUCAGAUCAGGGGUUUUAUCCAGGACCAGUACUGUGAGAAGAGCGCAGCACUGACGUGGCUCAUUCCCACUCUUUCUAGCCCCAGAGACCAAUUCGAUCCUGCUUCCUACAUCAUAGGACCAGAGGAGGACCUUCCAAGGAAGAUGGAGUACUUGGAAUUUGUCUGUCACGCGCCCUCUGAGUAUUUCAAAUCACGCUCAUCACCAUUUCCCACAGUUCCCACCAGGCCAGAGAAGGGCUAUGUAUGGACUCACGUUGGACCGACUCCUGCAAUAGCUAUUAAGGAAACGGUUGCCAACCAUUUGUAGUUUCAAAAGUAAGACUGGAUUUCCAGUUAUCACCUCUUCAUACUGCUACAAUAUAUGCCACGUGUUUAUUUAAUGAAAUUCUUAGAUGGAAAAGUGACUACAAAGUUACAGGAAGCAUUAGCUUAUUUCUUACCUAAAAAGGAUAGAAAAGAUUAAAUAUAUUUUGAAGUUAAAUAUUACAUUCUGUAUGUGUAUUUUCCAUUAGGAACACAGUGUCUAUUUAUAUCCAUAAUUUAUUUCUAGAAACAUAAAAUGGAUUGUAUUUUUCUAUAAGAACACAAUAUGAAUUAAGAUUUGGACUUCUGACCAAGGACUGAACCCAAUAAAAUAUAGCUGUGACCACC